UCAUGGUAAGUAUUGCUUCAAUUGGAAGCUCACCAUCUCUAUAUAUUCUGCAGUUCUGCACCCCAAACUCAAGCAAAGAGGAGAAAAAAAAGGAAAUUAAGCUGAAAAUGGCAUCAGUUGAUGAAGCUUCUGAUUCAUUUACACCGUUUGAAUUCGACACCACCUCAAAAGUUGCAGCAGAUUCAUCUCCUUUGAAAUCGGUCCCUUCAAAAUUCAUCUUCAGCAAUGAUCGCACUGCUCUCACUUGCGACUCACUCCCCACCGUGGAUUUCUCAGCCCUCGUCGGCGGGGAUCCUCAUCAACGCUCCAAAGCUGUCCACGACCUCGCCACAGCAUGUCGAGAAUGGGGUUUCUUCAUCCUUGUGAAUCAUGGAGUAGCUGAUAGCUUGAUGGAUGCAUUGUUUAGAGCAGUGAAAGAAUUCUUCAGUUUGUCUGAUUCGGAGAAGAAGCAAUACGAAGCCAAGAGUGUUUCCGAUCCCAUCAAAUAUUGUGGCAAUUUCAACGUCACCACUUCAAAUCGGAGCUUCACUUUAUGGAGAGAAAACCUUAAGUUCUACGUGCAUCCCAACUUCUACUGCCCUCACAGACCCCAACUCUUAAGGGAUGUGGUGUUGGAAUACAUCAGAAAAGUAGCCACGAAGCUAAUUGAGGAUGUAUGCGAAGCUUUAGAGUUGAAUCAACAUUACGUGGAUGAAAUAUUGAAGAUGGAUUCGAGUUUACAAUUAUUUGCAGCAAAUUACUAUCCACGGUGCCCUCAGCCAGAUCAAGCCAUCGGCCUUCCGCCGCAUACAGAUCCAGGUUUGUUGACGUUUCUCAUACACAACGGCGUUGGCGGUCUGCAAAUUGAGCAUGAUGGCAAGUGGUUCCACACCGAUUCCCCUCAUAAUUCUAUUUUGAUAAAUGCAGCUGACCAACUUGAGAUUUUCACAAACGGGAGGUUUAAGAGUGUGAAGCAUAGAGCGGUGGUGAACGAGGAGAGAGAGAGGAUCUCGAUAGUGGUGGCGAAUGGUCCAUCGGGGGAGGCGGUGAUGGGGCCAGCAGCGGCCCUGGUGGAGAAGGAUGGCAGCGCGAAGUAUAAUGCAAUGAAGUAUGAAGAGUACUUGGAGUCGCAAUUCACCAACACUCAUGUCGACGGGAAAUCCUUCUUGGAACAACAGAUGAUAUAUAUUCAGCGCUAAAUUAACUUAGUCCAUUUAGGAAAUUAAAUUAUGUCGACAAAUAAGUAGAGUUUAAAUUUCUUUUAGCCAAUGUAUUGUGACAGUUUGCAAAAUUAGGC